AAAAGCCUCGUUUUGGUGUCUAAAUAUUGUGAGAAACUGAAUCCGAACAAGUGGCGCGAAAGUGAAAAAAAUACAUGUGACAUGUCCUCAAUUCUUUUCAAAUUUUCACCUCUCUUUUUGCGGAUCUGGUCUUCUAAACUACCAAGAAGAAGAAUGAUUUGUGACUCACAGUUCACUUCUUUCAUUUUCCUUGAUCUUGAAACAACAGGACUCAAAAAACCUCGUGGAAUUACUGAGCUAAGCAUGAUAGCUGUCGAACGAGAACAUAUCAUUGAGAGUUCCGCAACUAAAACAGUCCCUCGUUUGCUUGAUAAAUUUACCACUUGUGUUAGACCUACGAAGGAGAUCGAGUCAGGUGCUUCUAUGAUCAGCAGAAUAUCGGAAGGAGAUCUCGAGAGGAAGAAAACAUUUGAUAUUGAGCUUGGAAGAAUGGUCAAAUCGUUCAUCACCAGACAACCUCAACCGGUGUGUUUGGUUGCUCACAAUGGCGACAACUUUGACUUCAAUAUUCUUGUUUCUCAUCUUCAAACUGUCGAAAUAACGUUACCCGGGACAGUCUACUCCUCUGAUUCGCUCAAAGCCUUUCGAAAACAGCACAAAGAAGCUGAAAAUGGGGGGAAUAAAGAAGAGAGUGUGGAAGAAGAUGUGAAUCGCAAAGGAAAGCGAUUUUAUUCCCUAAAACAUUUGUACAGCACCUAUGUGGGUGGGGAAAUUGCUGACGCUCAUAGUGCAGAGGCAGAUGCGUUUGCUCUGUUAAAACUUGUUGUCCUUAAGCCAGACAUUCUGAUAUACUUGGAAAAUGAAGCACGUCGACUUUUUCCAAAAGACAAAGAAAUUGCAAGGGAUCCCGAAGAACCACCAAUGAGUGUGGAAGAAAAGUCUGCAAGCCAAGUUCAAAAUGCAAAUUCACCACAGUUAGAAAAGGGCGAACUUUUAUAAGAUUGCUCUUUAUUUUAAUCAAAAACAGUUAUUGAGUGUAAACCGUAAGUGAUAAUUGUUUUUCUGAUGUGAUUAUCUGAGAAUAACACCUAACAGCACUUACUGGUGACUGAAAUUUGAACAACGUAAGCACUGCCUUGACUUUGAUGAUCCAGUCUGCCGUGUAUGGCAGAACUUGACAAGAUCUUGUGUGUGCAAAGGUGAUUCUGUCAUUUGAAAUGUAUGGUAGGAAAGGAAAAAAAUUGUGCAUGCAUCUGUCAAACUCAGCAGACAGUAUGAUAUUAUGACCCCCACUCGGGGUUUCAAUUAUUAGGUCACUUACAUGGCUAGCAGUCUCUUUUAAGACUGCCCUUACUCAGACCAUCACAGAAUACCAUCUAUGGAAAAAGAAAAAGAAACCAAAACAAGUUUGAACAGUGAAAAUUUGCUAUGCAGUUCUAUUUUAUCAAGGAUAUGGAGCACACUAUGAUUUGAAAUGUACUUUUAAAAAUUUGUUUUUUAUUUUGUUGUUGAUAUUGUUAUUAAUCAUUGACUAUUCAUUUUGAGAAAAGAAUGGCUGAAGGUAAUCAUUUGGUUUUCUAUACCUAUAAUGAGGAGGUCUUGGGCCCAAUUGUUUUGAGGGGUGGACAAUGUUACCCAAAGGAUAAAUUGCUAUCCAGCUGAAAAGUUUUAACACCAUGUGCUUUUCCAUCCAUUGGAUAGAGAUUAUAGUAUACUAUUAGCCAUGCUUUGAACAUCUUUCAGAGACCAAGAGGUUAACUUUUUAUGUUUUAGGAUAGGGAAGACUUAAUAGAAGUUGUGCAAAGGGCCAAUAACACUACUCCAGUUGAAAAGUGUCAACAAAACAUAUUGCACUCUCCUACAGAUAGUGACUUAUCCAGAGGAGAGAGUUAUCCCACAGGGGGGCCCAUACAAUCUGUUUGUGUAGCCGAUUGUUGUUUUAUAGUGAAUGUACC